AUGUCAAAGCAAGGUAGUGGGAAAGGGAGAGGGCACUCUGAUGAUACUGAGAGUGGGAGGGGAAAAGGAAAGGGUGGUAACAACACGCAGCAGAGUGCUCGUAGUUUCACAUUUCGCGAACUUGCAGCAGCCACGAAAGGCUUUAGGGAAGUGAAUUUGAUUGGGGAAGGAGGUUUUGGAAGGGUUUACAAAGGCCGGCUUGAUGCAGGCCAGGUUGUCGCAAUUAAACAACUUAAUCAUGAUGGUCUUCAAGGGUUUCAAGAAUUCAUCGUGGAGGUUCUCAUGUUAAGCCUACUACACCAUACUAAUCUUGUCACAUUGAUUGGCUACUGUACUGACGGAGAUCAAAGACUCUUAGUCUAUGAGUACAUGCCAAGGGGUAGUUUGGAAGAUCAUCUCUUUGAUCUGAGUCCUGAUCGAGAGCCGCUGAGUUGGGAUACUCGUAUUAAGAUAGCUGUUGGUGCGGCACAGGGUCUUGAAUAUCUCCACUGCAAAGCUAACCCACCAGUUAUCUAUCGUGACUUGAAAUCAGCAAAUAUACUGCUGGACGAUCAAUUCAAUCCAAAGCUUUCAGACUUUGGGCUUGCUAAACUUGCACCUGUGGGUGACAAAACUCAUGUUUCAACGAGAGUGAUGGGAACGUACGGGUACUGUGCACCAGAAUAUGCCAUGAGUGGAAAAUUGACACUUAAAUCUGAUAUUUAUAGCUUUGGCGUGGUUAUGUUGGAGCUGAUUACUGGGAAGAAGGCAAUUGACUGCUCUAUGAGGCCAGGAGAACAGAACCUAGUAUCUUGGUCUCGUCCAUUUUUGAAGGACCGGAGGAAGUUUGUUCAAUUAGUUGAUCCUCUGUUGCAAGGACGCUUCCCUGUUCGUUGUUUGCAUCAUGCUGUUGCCAUUACUGCCAUGUGUCUUCAAGAGCAACCAACUUUCCGUCCUCUUAUAGGCGAUAUUGUUGUAGCACUUGAGUAUUUGGCCUCACAGAGCUACAAACCAGACCUUCGUAAGGCUGGGGUGCAUAGUCCCUCUUCAUCAUCACCUUCACAGCAGAAAAGGAAUUUUUUCUCUCCGGAGUCAGAUUGCAGAACGAGUAAAACUUUUGCUUAA